AUGCAGGGAACAGUCUUCAUCCACCGCGGGUCCUACGAAUCCAUCACGGAAAAUGCCUCCCCGGGUCUUCGAUUUCUCAACCGCUUCCUCCCAGCUGUGGAAUCAGUCAACCCAACACAAGACCCCAUCGGCUCGUUUUUUAAAUCUAAUGCCUUCAUCAUAAUCGGCAGUAAUCCUUCCAGACCAGCGCAGCCGGCGACGCACUAUGAAUCCCAAAGUCGAUACCUAUCCUAUUUUCACCACUACCUCCACGUAGCCUGGGACAUGGACCUUACUCUGAAUUCAUUCAAUCUGAAUACGGAAAGCCAUGAUCCUCAUAAUUCGCAUAUGAAACGCACAGUCAUGUUCGAGGCCACAUCCGAGACAAUCUUCAAAGAUGACCCGGAUCAGUUUUCGAUCAAAACCUGCGAAUUCAAUAUCCUCGACUUGGAGGGGACCGCGGAAAAUCUACAAAUCGUCGAGAUGCGCAUGUUUCUCGAUGCAAAACCUAUACAGGCCCGUGCUGCUUCAUUGACAAGGGCAUCAGCAUUUGGUGAAUCGCAGAGAGAGGCCGAUGCAGAGUAA